UAUACCUGGGCAUUAGUCUGGAACCAUGGCUGGUGCCCGUAGCUGCCCCCAGGGCGCAUCUGGAGUCUGAGUCGCCCACUAUCCGAACCCGCUCUAAGUCUGGGCUUGGCAGCACAGAAGGGAGAGAGCACAAAGAGGGUGCCAGGCAAAGGCGUGCCGCGCCCGCCUGGGGAUCGCGGGCUGAACGGGCAGCAGGCGGGGAGGACACAGCCCAAACUCUCUGAGCCUCAUCUCCAGUGAUAACCUGCAGCUAUGGAGUCACCAACCAAGGAGAUUGAAGAAUUUGAGAGCAACUCUCUGAAAUACCUGCAACCGGAACAGAUCGAGAAAAUCUGGCUGCGGCUUCGAGGACUGAGGAAAUAUAAGAAAACAUCCCAGAGGUUGAGAUCUUUGGUCAAACAAUUAGAGAGAGGGGAGGCGUCUGUGGUAGAUCUUAAGAAGAAUUUGGAAUAUGCAGCCACAGUACUUGAAUCUGUAUACAUUGAUGAAACCAGGCGACUCCUGGAUACCGAGGAUGAGCUCAGUGACAUCCAGUCAGAUGCCGUGCCAUCUGAGGUCCGAGACUGGCUGGCUUCCACCUUCACGCGGCAGAUGGGGAUGAUGCUCAGAAGAAGUGAGGAGAAGCCUCGGUUCAAGACCAUCGUCCAUGCAGUGCAGGCUGGGAUUUUUGUGGAGAGAAUGUACAGACGGACAUCAAACAUGGUUGGAUUGAGUUACCCACCAGCUGUUAUUGAAGCAUUGAAGGAUGUGGACAAGUGGUCCUUUGAUGUCUUUUCCCUCAAUGAUGCCAGUGGUGAUCACGCACUGAAAUUCAUUUUCUAUGAAUUACUCACGCGCUAUGAUCUGAUCAGCCGUUUUAAGAUCCCUAUUUCUGCACUUGUCUCAUUUGUGGAGGCCCUGGAAGUAGGAUACAGCAAGCAUAAAAAUCCUUACCACAAUCUGAUGCAUGCCGCUGACGUUACACAGACUGUACACUACCUCCUCUAUAAGACAGGAGUAGCAAACUGGCUAACGGAGCUGGAGAUCUUUGCUAUCAUCUUCUCAGCUGCCAUCCAUGACUAUGAGCAUACCGGAACCACCAACAAUUUCCAUAUUCAAACUCGCUCUGAUCCAGCCAUUCUGUACAAUGAUAGAUCUGUACUGGAAAAUCACCAUUUAAGUGCAGCCUAUCGUCUUCUGCAAGAGGAUGAGGAAAUGAAUAUUUUGAUCAACCUCUCAAAGGAUGACUGGAGGGAGUUUCGGACCUUGGUAAUUGAGAUGGUGAUGGCCACAGAUAUGUCCUGUCAUUUCCAGCAAAUCAAAGCGAUGAAGACUGCUCUGCAGCAGCCAGAAGCGAUUGAAAAGCCAAAAGCCUUAUCCCUGAUGCUGCACACAGCUGAUAUUAGCCAUCCAGCAAAAGCAUGGGACCUCCAUCAUCGCUGGACAAUGUCACUUCUGGAAGAGUUCUUCAGACAGGGUGACAGAGAAGCAGAGUUGGGGCUGCCUUUUUCUCCUCUUUGUGAUCGAAAGUCAACCAUGGUUGCUCAGUCACAAGUAGGCUUCAUUGAUUUCAUCGUGGAACCCACUUUCACUGUGCUCACUGACAUGACUGAGAAGAUUGUGAAUCCAGUCAUCGAGGACACUGCCCAACCUGGUGGGGCAGGGCAGAGGCGUUCAAGUUUGAACAAUAUCAGCUCAUCAGAUGCAAAAAGGUCAGGUAUCAAGAGCUCUGGGUCAGAAGGAAGUGCCCCAAUCAACAAUUCUGUCAUCCCUGUCGACUAUAAGAGUUUUAAAGCCACUUGGACGGAGGUGGUGCAAAUCAACCGGGAGAGAUGGAGGGCCAAGGUGCCUAAAGAAGAGAAGGCCAAAAAGGAAGCAGAGGAAAAGGCUCGCCUGGCCGCAGAGGAGAAGCAAAAGGAAAUGGAAGCUAAGAGCCAGGCUGAAGAAGGCGCAACUGGCAAAGCUGAGAAAAAGACAUCUGGGGAAGUGAAGAAUCAAGUCAAUGGAACACGCACAAGCAAAAGUGACAACGCUCAUGGGAAAAAUUCCAAAGCUGAGAAGUCAUCUGGAGAAAAGCAGCAGAAUGGUGACUUGAAAGAUGGUAAAAAUAAGUCAGACAAGAAGGAUCAAUCCAAUGUCGGAAAUGAUUCAAAGAAAACAGAUGAUUCAGAAGAGUAAAAAACACCUCAUAUACUAUAAAAGAGGCUGCCAAUGUCUUGCAUCAUUUUAGCUGAGCUUCUUCAUUCUCCUUCUUCUCCUCCUUCCACAAAGACCCAUGUCUGGGGAAGGUGUACAACUUUCAAAACCAAACCCCCUCACACUUGGCCUUCUCACACCAUCUCCUCCCAGGGAGGACUCUUUGGGAGUUGGUUUGAGGUCUUAGAACUCUAGGGGGUUUCCCCCUAAGCAAACAAAACAACUUGAGAUUUUUGCACAAACAGAAACAAAACAUGAAGGGACUUCCUCAGAAUCCUUUGCUAAUGUCCUGGCUUUCAAGGCACCUCUCUGGCUGAUAAGAAUGGACAUCCUCGAUAUGCUGAGAAAGGCCUGAAAAAGCCACUGCACACAGUAAUUGCCAUUUUAUUACCGUCAAUGUCAUUACUUUAACUGUUGUUAUUUUCGCACUGGUGACUGAUGGUGGAUACGUCUAUGCUGGCCUUCACCGCAGCCAAGAUGACGAUUCUAACCUGGUUGUUUCUUUCCUGAGUCAGGAACAUUCUUUUUCUCUAACAUUCUUUCAGACUUAAAAAUUCUUAUUAUGCUUUUCUUUCCAUUUAUAUGUUAUGAAACUCACCUUGUUUUAUAAAAGGGGAUUAUCUAAUAG